AUGCUCCUCCUCGUCGUCCUAACUACCCUUUUCAGUAUCUCCUCCUGCUUAGCAUCGUCGCAAUAUGUCGCUUCCAAGAGGGACCUGUCCAGUCUAAUCGUUACCAAGGUACCAGACUAUGUGCGACCCUAUGUAGUCCGCGCAUACACACUCGAUGGCGUCCGCCUUGGACCGCAAGUCUACCGCUUCCCCGUGACGGGUGCGUCGUCAGGAAAUGCAUUCACCCUGAUCAGCACAGCUACGCCAGCCAGCACCGAGCUGGGCGUGCUUCCACACGUCCACCUCGCACACUACGAGAACUUCUUCUGCCUCCGCGGCCGCUUCUCCCUCUGGGCCUCCAAGUCAAACACCACAUCAGGCCGCAUCCUGACUCCCGGCGACUAUGGCGCAGUCCCGUACAACACAACGCACACCUUCCAGAUCCUCGACCCGUUCACCGAAAUGGUCGGCGUAAUCCAGCCCGGCGGCUUCGAGCAGCUCUUCUACUUCCUCGCGCAGGCGAACUACACUUCCACCACGUACGCUCCCUUUCCGCAGGGGAACUUCACAACCCCUGGCGGCGACGCGGGAACCAUCUCAAAGCUGCAGGAGUUCGACGUGUAUGCGAAGCUAGAUUUCUCGCCGCCCACGGACUUCGACGCUAAUGGCGUGGCUGGGGAUGCGGGCGUGGGUGUGUGGCAUAAUGGAGAGAAUGCAUUGGCGGGAGAUAGUCAGACGCCGUUCUUUGUGGCGAAGAGCUAUGGCCCGAAGUAUCUAGCUGGUGGUGGGAACGGGACGGGCGAGUAUUUCAUCGUGGAACCGUUUGUUACGGCGACGCAGUCGGCGGGGAAUUUUACGCAGGGGACAAUUACGAUGUCGCAGCUCCCGUCAGGUGUUAAGCCUGAGACGUAUUCGCUGCCUGGACAUACGGCGCUGGAGGUUAUUGAUGGGCUGGUGGGCGUGCGGAUUGGGGGGUUUGAGGAGGAUGUGAUGAUGGCGAUUGGCGAUGUGGUUUUUGUGCCGGCGAAUACGACGUUGAGUUUUUGGGGCGAGGCGGCGUAUUCCAAGGUGCUGUAUGUUGGGCAGGGGAGGGAUACAUUGGAUGCGAGGUUGAUGGCGGAGGCGAGGAGUUGGGGAAGCGCUAUCUGGCCGGCCGCGUAA